AUGAAUAGUGGUGAGGAGAAGCGACAUAUUUGGUUAGAUAGUACGGGGUAUGGCAGAAUACGUUCAGGCGAUGGAAGAGGAAGACGUAUAGCAAUAAGUCCAAUGAUAAGUAGUGCAGGUUUUCAUUUACCAUCAGUUGAUAUUUUUGAAUGUAAUGAAGUGCACAGUAUGGAUUCAAGUCGUUUUGUUAAAUGGCUUUGGGAAACUUCGUGUACAUUAAGAGGUGAAAAUGAUGACGCUAAAAUAUGCACUAUUAUUCAUAAUGCCACAUGCCAUAAUGAGCAGACCGAUGAGACAAAAUUACCAAAGUGUGCAUGGAAAAAGUCAGAGAUUGUACAAUGGUUAGAUGAUCACAAGGUGCCUUAUUUGAACUUGUAUACCAAAGCAGAAUUACUCGAGCUAGCAGUUGCUUAUGCACCAGAAAAGAGACUCAAAGUCGAUGAGGCGGCGAAAGAAUUCAGAGUUGAGAUUCUACGAUUACCGAUAAAGCAUUGUGUUCUCAACCCCAUAGAAUUAGCCUAA